GUGACUCGCUAUUGAGCGGGAGCAUGAAAUGGCGGCCUGAUUGCAUUGGCCUUCUUUAAAAUCGUCGUCACUGCUUUAGAGGAUAUUGGACAAAUUAUAGAGGUCCCCCACUCAAAUAUAUAUACUCGAUAUAUAAACCUCAAACCAGAGACUGACGCGGUCUCUGGCCUCUAAUCCUAUAUUUCAUAACCUGUCACGCAAUCGGUGAUAUGUGACGGAAAAGUCAGUUCUAAGAAACAGCCAUAAACAACAGAACUUUUGUCAGGCUAUCUUUAAUUGUCGACUGUACAGGCUUCGGCUGGACGCUUUUCUAGAUACAUUCCCAGCAGAAUAACCAUAUUAAAGCAUUACUUAUUCCUUGGAUGGUCUCUAUAAAAGCACGUAAUUUGGAAUGGCAAAUACGAAACCUAAGUCCCUGAGCCAGGAUACGAUGAGGAUGAGUACGGUCCUAAGCACAAGGCUGAUAGGUCUUGACUCGCGCUUCCCAUUGAUGUUCCACGACAACCAGAAAUCUGUAGUGAGGGCACCGGACGUACAAUGGCCACCCCAUGGCAGUGUGAUCACUGAGCAUAGUCUCAACCGUUGCUUCCCUGCCGGGUUUGCUAUACAAAUUGAUUAUAUCGAGGGUCUCACUCAUGGUGCUCUGUGUAUUGGGGUGAUAUGGCCGAAUGAGACAAUCAAAACUGUAGAAACCGACUUAGGAAUAUGCGUCGUCAGAUGUAAUGGCACAAAAUGGUUAUGGAGUGAUGAAAAGCGAGUCUUUAAGAUAAACUGUGGCUAUGGCUGUAAGACCUUAAACCAAUGCUAUGGCACGUUCCCUAAGGAAAUCCUACCAGGCGACAGCUUUGGUGUGCUGCGCUCAACUGAGGGCAACCUUCACUUCCUGCUCAAUGGGCAAGAUCAGGGCAAAGCUUGUAGUAAUGUCCCUGUUGAUGUCUAUGGCUACUUUGAUAUCAAUUUUCGCAACGGCUUACAAGACAUUCAUCUCUCAUUGGUACCUAUAGACAUCUUUCAGAUCAGUCAAUUUAAGGAAAACAACAAGAAACUUCAGCUACCCUUUCCUUGCAAGUAUCUUAGACUGUGUAUCGGGGACAAAAACAAACCAAAAGAUGUGAAUCACAGCACACCCAUAGCAACGCAGCCUAUCAGAACAGUCCGCUCUCGGGAGUACGCAAGUACUCCUACAACAAGACAGUCUGUUCCCUCGUCCUUAAAGCCUAGUAGUCAGACCAUUUCGAAUGGAAGCCUUCAAAGGGGAUCAGGUGCAAAAAAAGAAAAAGAAAUCUUCCCGCGAUAUUCGAUGACCAAAACAUCGAGAGGAAUUUGCCUGAUUAUAAACAACAUGAACUACAUUGGCAACAGGAGAAAUGGGGCAAAUAAUGACGUCAAUGCCUUGCGCCGGCUGUUUAAGGAUCUGCAUUUCUGUGUGAUUAUCAAAACAGACCUCGCAAGCCGAGAUCUCAGAGAGACUUUUCAAGAGUAUGCAAUGAUGGACCACUCUAACUUCGACGCGUUUGCCUGUGUCAUCAUGUCUCAUGGGGGGGAGGGGGACGUCUUAAAUUGCAUGGAUGGAAGGGAUGUGAGACUCGAAGAUCUGAUGACCGAGUUUAAGUCACUGCAUUGUGCUACACUCGCAGGAAAGCCCAAGAUGUUCUUCGUACAGGCUUGCAGAGGAAGCGACAAAGAAAACCUGGAAAACAUUUCCCAUCCGACCCCAAGCUUCGACUCGAUUCCUGGAGAGGUACUGGAAAGAGAUAGUUCUCUCCCCAGGUCACUAAAUCCAGUCGAGGCAGAUGUCUUGUUGGCCUAUGCUACCCCGCCUGGAUACGUUGCAUACCGGAGCCCGACUGAUGGCUCGUUUUUUAUCAGGGCGCUGGUUGAAACGAUGCGCGAGUAUCACCAAAAGUACCAUCUGUUGGAAAUUCUGACCUUGGUCAACAGAGUGGUUGGCGAGCUAGUGAAUAAGGUGGAUGGUAGCAUUGCGCAAAUCUCCGUCACGACUCACACCCUACGCUCCUCGCUGUAUCUGUAAACCCGGCGAUUCCAGCACCACCACUCAGUAGGAAUAUCGAGAAAAGACCUCGCCUUAUGCGCCCACCCCUUGGACGGGCUUAGAAACAUAAAGGGGGGGGGGGGAUAGUGUAUAGAUUUGUUUGUUUCUUACCCACCCUCCCACCCCCACCCUUCGCUUUUCUAAAGGUCGUCCUCAAAAACAUUGACCCAUAAGGCGGAUACCAUUUGAUCUUUACUAACGGGAAGCGUUUCUGUGAAGAAUCCAUUUUUUUGGUGAUAGAAGUUGAACCCCUACCUGCACAUCGCCUCGCCCGUUAAAAUCAAAUGGCCUCUUCUUGUGCUGUGUACAUAAACGCACCACAUUUUUAUCAAAUCAUUAAUGAGAAACAUCAAAUAAAUAUCGAAUAACGUUAGAUCUUUUGUUUAGUAGUUAUUUUUUUUCUAUUAUUUUGUUUUUGAAAGCUUUGUGCUUCCCCAGCUUUAACUUAUUAUCUGAUAUUAUUAGGUUUCGAGUCUUUUCGAGUCUUUCGAAUGCAAUCUGACUUUUCUUUCUAUCUGAAAUAGAUCGUAGGAUAAAAUUACGGUAUUACGUGACUGUCACGUAAUAAAUGCGUGACUGCCCCAGUUGGGGCAGUCUAUUACUCCUGAUCAAGCUUUUGAUAUUAGAAAAAUAUGUUUGCCCCAUUAUAAACGCUUUUUCCCAGUUAUUUCUUGUUGGACAUUGUUAACUCAUUCUUAUUUUAAGCAACAUUUACCGGUACCCUACCUAGCGAGCCGACGUCAAAAUAUUCAGCGGUGAUCCGCUAAAUUGUGUGCUCUAUUUUGCUUCUGGCGACUAUUUCCGGUCGAGCGCAUAACAAACGAGCACUGGGCUUACAGGCGAUUUACAAUCGUUACAACACAAUGUCACAACUGAACCGUUUAU